AUGGGCGUGUCAGGAGUUGUUUUCGGCAUGUCUUCGGGGCGGGAAAGGUGUGUUCGCAGACAGAUCCUAUCUAGCUACAACCUCGGCCAAUCCAAGCCCCCAAGCAAGCACCAAGCAAGCCGCAAGCAAGCCCCAACAAGCACCAAGCCAAGCACUAAGCCAAGCCCCCUGAAACGCAAGCGCCAAGCAAGCAAGCCCCAAGCCAAGCCACCUGAAAGCACCAAGCCAAGCCCCCAAGCAAGCAGCCCCAAGCCCCCAAGCCAAGCACCAAGCAAGCCCCCUGAAAGCCCCGAAGCAAGCACCAAGCCUAAGCCCCAAGCAAGCACCAACCAAGCCCCAAGCAAGCACCAACAAGCAAGCACCAAGUCAAGCCCCCAAGCAAGCCCCCAAGCAAGCACCCUGAAAGCCCCAAGCAGCCCCAAGCCAAGCACCAAGCCCAAGCCCCCAAGCAAGAAGCCCCCAAGCCAGCACCAGCAAGCCCCUGAAAGCCCCGCCGCAACGCAAGCCAAGCCCCCAAGCAAGCACCAAGCCAAGCCCCCUGCAAGCCCCCAAGCAAGCACCAAGCAAGCCCCCAAGCAAGCCCCCAAGCAAGCCCAAGCCAAGCCCCAGCAAGCCCCAAGCAAGCACCCAAGCCCCCAAGCAAGCCCCAAGCAGCCCCACCAACCAAGCAAGCACCAAAGCAAGCACCCUGAAAAGCCCCCAACCAAGCCACCAGCAAGCCCUAAAGCAAGCACUCUGAAAGUCCUGCAUCUCACGGCCUCCAUCGCGUGGAAGACUGGGCGGCCUCCGAUUGACGAGCCUCCGUGUGGCUACAGGGACCAGAAAUGCCAGUUCCAGACGGGAGAAAUAGUGGCUGGCGUAACAGGAGGUGUGGUUCUUCUGCUGCUUGUGGUCUCCCUCAUAGCCUACAGAAACUGGCGCUACGAGCAAGAACUGGACAGCCUUUUGUGGAAGAUCGAGUAUAAGGAAAUUAAGAUGAAUGAAUGGAGCUCAAACCACGCCAUUGUGCCCAAUAAAAUGUCCCGGGGUCUCUACUCAACGGUUCGAACCAGCCAGCUCUCCUUAAGCAGCAACCCGACCUCGACUUCCGGUACACCAGCGUCUACACCCAACUGGAUGUACCGGGGCCGGGUGGUCCGCCUCAAGCAGGUGUCGAGCAAGGGCGGGUCGACGUCACGAGGAAGGCUGAAGAAGGAGCUGAAGACGAUGAGAGACCUUCGCCACGACAAUCUCUUGGGUUUCAUCGGCGCCUGUGUGGAUCCGCCUCAUGUCUGCAUUGUAACCGAAUACUGCUCGCGGGGGUCACUGAAGGAUCUUUUGGAGAACGAGGACGUCAAAUUAGACAACAUGUUCAUCGCUUCACUAGUGGGGGACAUUGUGCAGGGGAUGGUGUACCUGCACGACUCUCCUGUGAAGUCCCACGGUAACCUGAAGACGUCCAACUGCCUCGUGGACUCCCGCUGGGUGGUGAAGAUAACGGACUUCGGAAUACACGAGCUGAAGGCGGGGACGGAGACAGCUGCUGCCCUGUCCGACGCCAGUGAGACGCAGCGCAAAUGUACAGACCUCCUGUACCGCGCCCCUGAGCUUCUGAGGGACACGGCCGCACCGCCAGGAGGGACGCAGAAGGGAGAUGUGUAUUCCUUCGCUAUUGUCUUGUACGAGGUCCACGGACGCCACGGACCAUGGGGAAACACGGACCAGUCGCCCGUCGUUCUUCUUCGCCAGGUCAUGUCGGGUCCUUUGAACGGCAACCCGCCCUUCAGGCCGCCCCUGAGCCCCCUGGAGGUUCUUGACUGCGUGAGGACCGUCCUGAACGAGUGCUGGGCGGAGAUCCCCGAGGAGAGGCCGGACUUCAGAUCCAUAAGGACGAAACUCCGACCUCUGAGGAAGGGCAUGUGAGAAACCAACAUCUUCGACAACAUGCUGGCGAUGAUGGAGAAGUACGCCAACAAUCUCGAGGCCUUGGUGGACGAGAGGACGGAUCAGCUGAUUGAGGAGAAGAAGAAGACAGAGGCGCUUCUGUACGAGAUGCUUCCGCGGUACGUGGCGGAGCAGCUGAAGCGAGGUCACAAGGUCGAGGCGGAGAACUUCGAUUCGGUCACCAUUUACUUCAGUGACAUCGUCGGCUUCACGGAGAUGUCGGCGGAGUCCACGCCGCUUCAGGUGGUGGAUUUCCUGAACGACCUGUACACCUGCUUCGACUCCAUCAUCGGGAACUACGACGUGUACAAAGUGGAGACCAUCGGCGACGCGUACAUGGUGGUGAGCGGCCUGCCCAUACGGAACGAGGACUUGCACGCGGGUGAAGUGGCCUCCAUGUCCCUGCACCUGCUUGACGCCAUCAAACGCUUCCAGAUCAAGCACAGGCCGGACACACUCAAGCUCAGGAUUGGAUUGCACUCAGGCCCUGUAUGUGCCGGCGUUGUGGGACUUAAGAUGCCUCGCUAUUGCCUCUUCGGAGACACUGUCAACACAGCCUCCCGCAUGGAAUCUUCCGGCCAAGCGCUGAGGAUCCACUGCUCAUGUUCCUGUCGUGAUCUCCUGGUCAAGUUGGGCGGCUACAACCUGGAGGAGCGAGGUCAGGUCAAGGUCAAAGGCAAAGGGGAGAUGACCACAUAUUGGCUCGUCGGCGAGGACCCCGACCGCAAGCGGCGCCGCGAGCAGUCCCGGCGGCAGCGCGGCUUCCACAACGUCGGGCUGGCGAAGAACGGGUGCGUGGGCGGCCUGCGGGGGUCGCUGAGGGGCGGCGGGCGCACGCGGUCCUCGGCCAUCCCGCGCACGCUCAGCCUCGAGUCCCCGAAGCGCCUGCGGUUCGCCAUGUCGGAGGAGCUGACGGCGCGGGUGGCGGUGGAGGAGCCGCGGGCGUCGGGCGAGUCGCCGCCGGCGCCCGCCUCGCCCGCCGCCUCCGACGACUGCGCGGUGCGCCGCAUCAGCCACGAGAUGAAGCGCAACUCGUGCCCGUGCAUCAAGGAGCACCGCUCGGCGCCGCGGGCCAGCUCGCCGCGCUCCCCCAGGGGGCCCCCCGGCGACCACAGCCCCCUCCUGGGCCACCCCGAGGCCGCCAUGUCGCCGCUGUCGUCGCCGGGCGUCUCGGCGGACGAGGAGGUGCUCAACGCCAGCCGCAGGACGUCGGUGAGCGAGGUGGUGUCGCGCCCUUCCAGCCUGGUCGAGGCCUCGGACGAGCACGCGCCGCCCGCGCCCGGCGAGCCGCCCCCUCCGCUCGCCCUCGCCGCGCUGCCGCUCUCCGCCGCGAUCAGCCUCGAGCACAGAGCCCCCGCCUCGCCCCUGCGCGACGCAGGCACCGCCGUGGCCUCGCCCUCCACGCCGGGGGGCAGCAAGCCUUCCAGCGGCGCCGGGGGCGGCCCCCCCGACAAGGCCUCCAGCUCGGGGAGCGCCGUCCGCUGGCGCCCGCACAGCAUAGUGCCGCUGAGCCUCCGCAGCGGCGGGGAGAGCGAGGCCCUGCUGUCGGGCGGCGGCGUCGAGGGGCGGAACCCCCGGCUGCGCUACUGCAGCAAGCAGGACGCCGGCAGCAGCGAGUGCGAGGAGUCGUCGCCACUGCUCGCCAGCGUCGUCAACUACCGCGUCAUCAACGAGGUGCACAAGUUACCGGAGAGAGAAACGCCAGUCAAUAUCAACACCGGUGUGCUACUCGGCCCCUUGGCAACCGAGGAGCUGUCGCUGUGUAUUCUCGAGCGGCAGUUCCUCCUCGGUGUUCGCGCGCCGUGA